AAUAUAGAUUUACAAUGAUUAAAAAAUUGUUUUCUCGUGUUCAUUCCCUUUUGAAGGUAAAUAAUAAAUACAGUACUUCGAAAUUAUAUAUACCGUAUAAUCAAACAUCAGAUGUUUGUGUUGUCGUUGAACCAUUUGUGAACUUGGAGAACCAUUUGAAAAAUAUCAAAACUUUAAAAGAUAAUGUUACUCUGAGAGGUUUGAAUAUUGAUGUGGAUAAAAUAUGUGAUGGUUGGUCAAUUUUUUUAAACGUACGAAAUGAACUGGUUAGUUUGAAUAAUGAAAAACAAAAACUGGCUGAACAACUAAAAAAAAUUAAAAAGGAAAAUAAUUAUAAUGAGCUAAACAAACUUAAAGAGAGUAGAUCAAAAGUUAUGGCAAGAUUAAAGUUACUGAGGGAACAAAUUUCUACUAUAGAAAAAGAAAUUAUUAUUCCUAGUCUUGGUAUACCCAAUAGCUUGCAUCCCCAUUGUCCAUUAUCUGAAUACAAAAUUUUAUUCCAACAAGAUGGGAGAACAAAAAUUGAUAAUGAAAAUUGUUUAAACCAUUUAGAAAUUGGCAAGGCCUUAGGUUGUUUGGACUAUGUAAAUUCUGUCAUAUUUUAUCUUAAGAACGAAGCAGCUCUCUGUGAACAAGCAGUGAUCACUUAUUUCAAUCAAUCUCUCGAUGAGAUGGAUUAUAUACCACUUUGCAACUCUGACCUUAUUAAGAGUGUUAUCAUCGAAGGAUGCGGUGUAGAUAUUAAUGAUGCGAAUAAGAUUUUUACUCUUAGUGAAAGUAACCUGUACCUAGUUGGUGGAGCAAGUCUUCAGUCUUUCUGUGCUUUCUUCACUAAACAAUGUGUUGGCGGAAAUAAACUGCCACUUAAACUUUACACUUGUGGACGUACAUAUAAGCCUUCUGUAAAUAAUGAUGGACUUUUUACUGCUGCACAAACAAAUGCUGUUGAACUUUUUAUUGGCACGAUGAACGAAUCUGAAGCUAAACAAGAGUUUGAUAAAACUCUUACAGUAUACAAACAUUUAUAUGAAAAUAUUGGUUUAGAAUAUCGCAUAGUUUAUUCAUCAGUUUCCACGUUAGAUGUAUGGGAAAGUUUAAGGGCUCAAGUUGAACUAUAUUCUGUUAGUCGUAAAGAUUAUAUUCCAGUGGCCUUAUUGUCAUUAUCUGGGGAUUACAUUAGCAAACGAUUGAGAAUUUAUUGGUCGAGUAAAGACAAACAAGAAUUUUUACAUUUAGUUCAUGGAAAAAUUGUCGACACUAAUGUACUUAUAGGUUGUUUGUUAGAGCAAAACGUAAAAGAAUUCUUUAUACCAAGUUGUUUGAAAAACCACAUAUUAUUAUAACGCAUUCAAAUGAACAAUACUUUAUGUAUAAAAUGUUAUGAAUUUGAUAUUUAUAUUAAUAAUUUCAUUUAGUGAUUACACAUAAUUCAUAGUUAACUAUAUAUAGCUUAUUAAUA